GGAAUGAAGAAAAAAUGAAUUUGAUUUCUACAUUUAUUACAAUGCUUCUGCUACUGAAAUUAUUCAAAACUGUCAAAUAAAUUUAAUAAGUUUUUUCCAUUAAUUUAGUUUGAGAUUAAUCAAAACUUCAUUUUCCUUAAUAUUUUUAUGCUUAUCUAUAGUAUAGCACAUUAUUAUUUCUUAUCUGUAGAAGAUUUGCAGACCUAGAAUAUGAUUGACAUAACUUGAACACAAUUUGGUAUUUAUUACCAAAUUCCUGUCAGACAGGACUCCCUACUCAAAAAAAAGUAUGCAUCCAAAAGAUGCACAUUAAUAUUUGAAACUUUGCAUCCACAGCAAAUUCAAUGAGUUCUGUACUCAGGAUGCAGAGGCAGAAGAAUUGGCAAGAAAAGAAAAACUUAUAUCUCUGGUAAAUGACAUACAGUCAGGAAGGAUGAGCAGGGAAAGGGGGAAAAAAGGGCUUUACUAGCUCCUAAGAAGGAAAAGGACAUGAAGGAAGGCAAAGGUGGUAGAGGAAAGCAUUUAACCUACAAGCUAUAUAUUGGAUGGCAGCACUUCUCAAAUGAGAAAUACAGAGUAAUCACAAAGACAAAGGGGGGAGGAGUUAGACAAAUUGACUACAAUGCAGAUGAAGAUUUAACAGUGGAGAAAAUAAUUGAAAGGGGCACAAAGUUAUAUUUCCCUCAGGGUAAAAGUCAAUUAGGUGACCUAAAGGACAUGGACAUUUCACUAGGUAGUUUUGCUGGGGAAAAUUUAGAAAGUUUUAUGAACACAGAUGGUGAUCCAUGUUCUUUUCAAACAUAUCUUAAGUCCCACGGGCUGUUCUCCUCACAGUACCAUUUGUAUAUAAGAACAAAGCAAAAGUCUGAAUUUACAUCAUGUGCCUCUGAAGAUGUAAGAGAGAAUGUUGAGGAAAAUAUGGUGACAGAUCUUUUAGUUAACAACAGUAUACCUGGUCAUAUUGAACUUAAAUACAAAAGGAAAUUAUUUUCUAGGUAUGAUGAGAAUGUGUCUACAAUUUCAUACUGGUCUAUGAGACAAUGUUAUGAUUCUUCAGUACAUGAUAUGGCAUAUGAAGACUAUAACUGUAUCACCAAUGAUGAUUUUUUAUUAGUCCAUGUUGAAAAGGAUAACAAUCUGUAUUUAACUGAAUUAGAAGACGGGUCUUAUAAAUUAUGCUGUUUCACUCCAUCUGCUCAUCCUGAAAUAAUAAUGCAUGGUCCAGAUAAAAUUUAUGGAAUAAAUAAUGGUGAUUUAAUGUUGGGAUUGCUUACACCAUUGCAUAACAAAAAUAUAUAUUAUCAGUGGUACAAGGAUGGUCAUCUUAUUUUGGAAGGAAUAAAUGCAUCAGUUUUGAAAGUUACUAGUCCUGGAGAAUAUUCAGCAGGAAUAAUUGUUGAUGAACAAUUGUACAAAUAUGAUUAACUGUUUCAGUCUAUGAGUGUUCUUCAUAAUGUACUGAGUUGUUCGAAAUAAAUCAUCACUAAUCUGUCUCAGUAUCAAGUAAAACUUGUAUAGAGAGUUGAAGGGUUUACAAUAAUUUAGUUACUGAUUUUUACUUUUGGAUUAGACUUGAAAACCACUGUGACUUGUCAUUGUCUGAUGGUUAUACGUUUGUGGCCUGCCCAUGGUCAUGACUUUAUAUAUUUCUUGCAGAAUGUAAAGUGUCAAUUUUUCACUAUUAUAAAAACCCCAGUGGUGCUGGAAAAAGAAAAAACUUUAUACAACAAUCUAUCAUUUAUGUGAUGCAAUGUAUGUUCUAUACGUCAAUAAAUGUAUCAAGUACCUCAA